UGAGCGACAGCGGGUUAAGAAACAUGCCUUAAUUUAUCGAUUCAUAAAAUUUAAAAUCGAUUAUUUGAUAUUCUAAAUUAUUAUUGUAAAUAAAAAAUUGUUGAAAAUGGUUAGGUUAAAUAUUAUUAUGUUUGCCGCUAAGGCUCGUGUUCCGCUAAUUAAAUUUCGUAAAGGUGGUCCAAGUUCCAGUGAGCAAUCAUAUACUGCAUCUGGAAAAUCUAAUACAACACACAGCACAGCAAUCGAAGAUUGGGAAUUGCCUGGACGCUACGCUCGGAAACCUAUUGAUAAAAUUGAAAUGGAAUACAUCAACAAUGGCGGUAUUUUAUAGACUUUAAUUUUUGGUGUUCUAAAGAAAUGGAAAACAAAGCUGAAUUUUUCAUUUUCGAAAAUAACUUUCUUGAUAAUGUCAGAUAUAACAAUUUGCGGACGAAUGUAAUUUGAGUUAAAUAAAAUUUGAAUAACCAAAA